GUUAGUCGCGCGCCAUCCUUCUCUUCGACAACGUGUGUCGCGUGUGGUCUGCCGUACAAAUGCAUUAUACGAUAAGUUACAUUUAAAGCACUUAAAUACGUUUAUCUUUCGAUUAUAUUUGAGUUUACUAAUUUUAUCAAUAAUUCAAAUAAAUAUAUUUGGCUUAUUAAUAAAAUUUUUAAGACUUGAAAACCUCAAGGACAUAAAAAUCAGAGUUCCAAGUAUUAUUUUAUCCAUUUUUUGUGAAAAGACAUCAACGUAGGAAAACAUAAAUUUUAAAGAUGGCUUGCCCAAUGUUAGGGGGUGUCGUAGAGGACCACGGACAAGAUGAGAUGCUAACACAAGAACCAGGAAUGCUUUACGGUGAAUAUCUACGAUUAGAUAAAAUCUUGUCCGCGCAAAGACUUCUCAGCGCCGAAUACAGCAAUGAAGUUCACGAUGAGCAUCUCUUUAUUGUCACUCAUCAAGCUUACGAGCUUUGGUUCAAACAAAUUAUUUUCGAGCUCGAUUCCGUCAGGGCGCUCUUCAACUCCGAAUCCAACACUUACAACGCUUCCAAUGAUCACUCGACUGCCAGCCAGGAUAAUGGAGUUUCUCACAUCUUGAACGAGACGAAAACUCUGGAAAUCUUGAAGCGACUGAAUCGCAUCGUGCUUAUCCUAAAACUAUUGGUGGAUCAAUUGACAAUCCUAGAAACGAUGACACCGUUGGACUUCAUGGCGUUUCGAGACUACUUGUGCCCAGCCUCGGGUUUCCAGUCGCUGCAGUUCCGUCUAUUGGAGAACAAACUGGGCGUGAAGCAGGAACACAGGGUGAAAUAUAAUCAGGGUUACGUGAGAGUGUUUGGGCGAGAUCCUAAGGCCAUUGAAGCGAUCAAACGCUCGGAGGAGGAGCACAGCCUCAGUACUCUAGUCCAAAGAUGGUUAACCAGGACACCGGGGCUCGAGACCGACGACUUCGAUUUCUGGGGGAAGUACAAGCGAUCAGUGGAAAAGAUGCUGGCCGAGCAAGAACAAACCGCACAUAAACAACCGAAGCAGAUCAGAGAAUACCUGUUGACUAACGUGCGUUCGCGCCAGGCGGUUUUCGAAACUAUUUUUAAUGAAUCUCUUCAUAACGCUUUCGUGUCGCGUGGCGAACGCAGAUUUUCGCAUGGAGCUCUGCAAGGAGCGAUCAUGAUAACCUUGUAUCGAGACGAGCCACGGUUCAGCCAACCGCAUCAAAUUCUCAUGGCACUAAUGGAUAUCGACUCUCUAAUCACGAAAUGGAGGUAUAAUCACGUUAUCAUGGUGCAAAGAAUGAUUGGAUCUCAGCAACUGGGCACAGGAGGUUCUUCCGGCUAUCAAUAUUUGAAGUCCACGCUAAGCGAUAGGUACAAGGUCUUUCUAGACUUAUUCAAUUUAUCAACUUUUUUGAUACCUCGCCACAUGAUACCGCCGUUGACGAAGCAAAUGAAGACAAAAUUGUCAAUCGCCUGGAAUGGUUGGAAUUCGAACGAUAACCAAAAUAACUCGGAAGAUUCUUGAAAAAGUUCAUAAAAAUCUAUUUAAUAGAAUUCUUCUAACAUAACAUAGCCAGUGUAGAUGCAUUCACUUUGCAUAUAACAAUUAGAUGAAAGGAAUAAAAAUCUUUAGUGUAGUUGAAUUGUGUAUCUUUAGAAAAUUCAAUAAUUGUAUAAUUCAAAAUUAAUUUAUAGUAAGAUUAAAAAAAAUGGGAAUCUCUUAA